GGCAUUCAUUCUCUUUGGAUUGUGCCCAUCGUACGGUUAGGAAGUUCGCGGCAUUGUACCUCUGCGCUUAUCGUCUAGUGUGUGAAAGCUAGUAAAAAAAAAGAGAAGAUAAUGUCUGGAAAGAAGGCUGAUCCCUAUGGUUUCGCCAAGGAUUUCCUGGCUGGUGGUAUCUCAGCUGCCGUAUCCAAGACAGCUGUGGCCCCGAUCGAGCGCGUGAAACUGCUGCUUCAGGUGCAGGCUGCCUCAAAGCAGAUUGCCGUCGAUCAGCAAUACAAAGGAAUCAUCGAUUGCUUUGUUCGUAUUCCAAAGGAACAGGGCGCGCUAGCUUUCUGGAGAGGUAACCUUGCCAACGUGAUCCGGUACUUCCCUACUCAGGCGUUGAAUUUUGCCUUCAAGGACGUCUACAAACAGAUCUUCUUGGGUGGAGUUGAUAAGAACACUCAGUUCUGGAGGUAUUUCCUCGGAAACUUGGGAUCGGGUGGUGCCGCUGGUGCCACUUCGCUUUGCUUCGUUUACCCGUUAGAUUUCGCCCGUACCCGUCUCGGUGCCGAUGUUGGUCGCGGAGCCGGUCAACGUGAAUACAACGGCCUGUUGGAUUGUCUGAAGAAGACCGUCAAGUCCGAUGGUAUCGUUGGUCUGUACCGUGGCUUCAAUGUCUCGGUUCAGGGUAUCAUUAUCUAUCGUGCUGCCUACUUCGGUUGCUUCGAUACCGCCAAGGGAAUGCUGCCGGAUCCGAAGAACACUUCUAUCUUCGUCUCGUGGGCCAUUGCACAGGUUGUAACAACAGCUUCUGGUAUUAUCUCGUAUCCAUUCGACACCGUCAGAAGACGUAUGAUGAUGCAGUCUGGACGUGCCAAGUCCGAAAUUAUGUACAAGAACACUUUGGACUGCUGGGUCAAGAUUGGCAAGCAGGAAGGCAGUGGCGCUUUCUUCAAGGGCGCCUUCUCCAACAUUCUGCGUGGUACCGGUGGCGCGCUGGUGCUUGUGUUCUACGAUGAGCUUAAGGCUCUGAUGGGUUAGAUUUAAGUUUAGCGAAAGAAGAGAAGCAAAACACAGCUUAGGAAAACAACAACAAAUAAAAAAAAACUAAUCAAGUUAAGCAGAAAAAGCAGUCAAAACAGUAAAAGCUAUUUAUUUAAAGUUAAACGAAAAUUCAAAAAGCAAGUUGUAUUAGGAAUGACAAAAAUACUGAAAUGAUAUUUCUUACCAGCAGGAUAACAAUGUUGAUAAUGUAAUACAUUAAGACAAACUAAUGAGAAUAGAUGCGCGUUUCGAAUAUAAAACCGACGACAACAGCACACAUUCCGUACUUUCUACACCAACACGGGUAAUGUGAACUCGGAUGCACCGCCGUAGGGUCACUUUGUGGCGUUAAUAUCAUUUCAGCUUAUAACUAAGUGCAGCAGGACUCACGUUGCGAGUUCGAAUUGAAUGUUUUGUCUAACACUAAAUACAGCGCCAUGCCGGGAUAACAAUGCCGACUUAUGAUCAUAGUUGCAUGCAACUACGUCAAAAUUGGCCCGCUGAACUAAGAUCGAUUCAAUAAAAAAAAUAGUUACAACCUGAGAAUAAAGUGUUUGUUAUUCUUUUACAA